AGAGUUUUGGCCUAGGUCUGAAAUAAAAUUAGGGUUUGUGCGUGCGAGUGGAGCUCACAAUCGAGGUAAGCGUGCGAGCCCGAGAGCACGGCGCCGGCGCAUCGCGUGGAUUACCAGGAAUGCGCGCUCGAAAUGGAGGAGAUUUCCGGCAGCAGCAGCGGCAACAGCAGCAGCAGCAGCAGCAGCAACAACGGCGGCGACGAGUGGGCGGCGAGAGGGCUGGAGAAUGAGCCCCAUUCCUCCAUGCCCGAGUUGGAACAACAGGAGCGCCGGAUCCUGAGAGGGAAAGGUCUAGCUCGCAGCUCCAGCGGCAUUAGCGGCAGUGAGGACAUUGGAACGAGCUCCACUGCCGCUGGCGCUGGCGAAUCACUCAGGGGGUACCAGAGCAGUGCUGCGUUGAAGGCUUGCUCGGAUUCCCUGUCUCUGGGGUUUGGGUUUGGGGAUGUAGAUGGUUCCAGGAUCGCGGCGGAGAUUAUCUCGGAGCUUGGGCGGGGGCUUCGCAAUCAGGCCGAGGCACUGAGGAUCAUGGAAGAGGAUACUCCUGAGACCGAGCAGCAGUGUUUUUUGCUAGCGCCUCCGGGAGCUAACAAGUCCCAGCUACACAAGCUUUCCAAGAGGACGAAGCUUGUUACUUUUGCUGCGCGUAGGAAGACUCGAGAGACGCAGGCUUUUGAGCUACAGAUCCAGGAGCUUCGCAGGGAGAUGUCUAUCGCAGAGGAGGAAGAGAAAAUCGUUCCCAUCGCGCCCCGGGAGGUGGAGCCAGAAGAACCUUUUGCUGGAGAGGCUAGGAUGGAUCUCACAGAUGAUUUGCUUCACAAGGUUUUCUCUUAUCUGGACGACGUCUCUUUGUGUCGUGCGGCAAUAGUUUGUCGGCAAUGGCGUGUCGCAAGUGCGCACGAGGACUUUUGGAAGAUUUUGAAUUUUGAAGGCCGACGGGUGACUCCGAAGCAAGUGAGAAACUUAUGCCAAAGGUAUCCCAACGCAAUCGAGCUAAACCUGAAAUGUAAAAUUGUGGAGGAUCUACUUGCGCUUGACGCAAUCCGGAGCCUCAGAGCAUUGCAGGUUCUUAGCUUGGGAGAGGGGUUAUAUGGUGAUCCGUUCUUUCACGCUUUAUCGGCCGAAUGCGCUAGUUUGAGAACUUUGAGUAUUUCAGACGCAGUCUUAGGCAGUGGAGCUUCUCAAGAGAUACAGAUCCGUCAUGACCACUUGCUAAAACUCGAUAUUGUAAAAUGCCGAGUUUUACGAGUUCAUGUCCGAGGUUCACAUUUGCAAGGGUUGUCUCUAAGACGCACAGGCACAGCUGCUGUAAUGCUUCACUGUCCUCGACUCUUGCGUCUUGAUAUAUCGUCAUGCCAUAAGCUUUCUGAUACUGGAGUGAGAGCAGCAGCGACAACCUGUCCUCUUUUGUCGGAGCUGGAUAUAUCUCAUUGCUCUUAUGUCAGUGAUGAAACUCUGCGAGAGAUUGCUAUUGCGUGCUCAAACUUGAGGUCCCUUGAUGCUUCAAAUUGUCCUAACAUUUCUCUUGAAGGUGUUCGGAUGCCAGUGCUCGUUUCUUUGACUCUUGUCAAUUGCGAAGGAAUCAAUUCCUCGUCUAUGACGGCCAUCUCUCAUUGUUACAUGCUCGAAGAACUUCUUCUUGAUUUUUGCUGGUUGCUGACGACGGUAUCGCUAGACUUACCGCGCCUAAAGAAGAUCAGUUUGACAAACUGUCGGAAGUUUUCAGAGCUUGCUCUUCGUUCGCCAGCUCUGACAUCGAUCGAUGUCACAAAGUGUCCAAUGCUCAACAGAAUUGAUAUAAGUUCGAGUAGCCUUCAGAAGCUAGUUCUAAAUCAACAACAAAACCUGGCGACCAUACUUUUGCAAUGCCCAUCCUUGCACGAGGUCGACUUGACAGACUGUGACUCGCUUUCGAACUCUUUAUGCGAAGUCUUCAGUAAUGGGGGCGGAUGCCCGCGAUUGAGAUCACUUAUCCUCGACAGCUGUGAGGGUCUAACGGCUAUAAGGUUAUCGAGCUCAUCGUUACUUUAUUUAUCUCUUGCUGGCUGCCGAACAGUUUCCUCUAUCGAUCUUCAGUGUCCAGAGCUUCAACGCUUGCUGUUAGAUGGAUGUGACCAUCUCAGUCGGGCAAGCUUAAAACCGGUAUGUUUUCUUGGUUGGGUAAUUGAUGACUUAGAUGCGACUGUGUUGUGGCAGGUCGGAUUGAGAUCCUUAAAUCUUGGAAUCUGUCCCCACCUGAAAACACUUGUGAUCAGAGCGGAUCAGAUGGUGGCUCUUGAUCUCAGGGGGUGUGGAAUUCUUCGCCAGGCGGAAAUCAUUUGCCCGUCUCUCCUGUCUUUAGAUGCUUCGUACUGCAGCCAACUAGGAGAUGACUGUCUUGCGGCCACGAGCAAUGCAUGCUCGCUUAUACAGUCCCUUGUUCUGGCGUCAUGCCCUUCCGUGGGACCAAGUGGUUUGCUAGCCUUGAAGCAGUUGCCAGGCUUAACAGUUUUGGACCUCUCUUACACAUUUUUGACCGACUUGUCUCCCAUCUACGAAGCAUGUCCUCAGUUGGAGGUCUUGAGGCUCUCUGCGUGUAAAUACCUCGCCAACGACGCUUUGGUCGCCUUGCAUGGUGGAAAACUACUUCCGGAUCUGCAAGAACUCGAUCUUUCGUAUGGGAGCCUUGACCGGAAUGCAAUCGACGGGCUGCUGUCGGAAUGUCCCCACCUCAAACACGUCAGUCUCAAUGGCUGCUCCAACGUGUUUGACAUCGAGUGGCCGUCUGCAAGCACCGAGGAGGAUACCCAUAUGCACGAUGCUGACCGUGAAGAACAGCCAAUGGAAGUUUCAGCGGAGAGGUGCUUGCAGACUUUGAACUGCGUCGGGUGCCCCAACAUCAAGAGAGUUUUCAUUCCGUCAUCGGCUGGUUGCCUCCAUCUUUCGAUUCUGAACCUCUCCUUGUCCACCAACAUAAAGGAGGUACGACUGGCGUGCACGAACUUGAUAGCUUUGAACUUGAGUAACUGCCUGUCGCUCAUGGAUCUUAAACUGGAUUGUCCCAAGCUCGUGAGCCUGUGUUUGCAGGCAUCUGGAAUCGAGGAAGGCGAGCUGGAAGAAGCCAUAAGAGAUUGCAGUUUGCUGGAGACUUUAGACCUUCGGAACUGCCCAAAGAUACAAACUUCUGCCCUGGUGAAAAUACGAGCGAUUCGUCCUGGAAUAAAGCGACUCUAUAACAGUUGGGGGACACCCGGCUAGUAGCGCUGCUAUUGUACAGGAAAAAGGAACAAAGAUAGCCGGCGACCAAAGAUUAUGAAAAGAAAAGGAGCUCUACCAUCAUCCAAGUGAGUGUGGAUGGCUUGUUAGCAUUGUUCGUGCUAAUAGCCAUAUAGUUUUGACAGGAUAUUAUUGCCGGAUAGCUGCCACAGUGAAAGCCUCAAAAGGUCCAUUGUAAUAUCAUAAAUUCCCAGUAUGUAUGUUCAAGCUUC